UUCCUCUGUCUCUCUUCCCUCCAUCCUUGGUUUCCUAACCACUUCUUCUUCAUUUAUUACACACAUCUUCUUCCCACCCGAGUCUUCGUUACCUCCCCCCUCUGAUCCUCCGCCGGUAUCUCCAUCUAACACGUUGUAUGCCGCCUCGUGGGCCGAUUAUCUAGUCCUCGCAUCCUAAGCCCGGUGCUUGCACCUUGAAUGACCCCUCCUGCGUAGACAAGCUCAACCAGCUCCAUCCUCCCACUGUGGAUAUCCGCUCUCUCCAGCUCGUUCUUCUUCCUCCCGCUGGGUCGGUUCCGCCGGCCACCGAACGGAGUCGUAAUGGCUCAGUCGACCGACCUCGUCGAUCAGAUCGCCCAGCUGAACGCCGCCCGGAACCUCGUCCUGGGCGAUGCCGCCUUCUACCCACAGAUUGUGAACGGCGUCCUUCCUUUAAUUGGCGCGCGUACCCGUCUGGAAUUGCGACAAUGGGGCGCGGAAUUCCUGGCCGAGACCUUUGCCAGUCCCGCGCUGGCGUCGGCCCAGAAGGAGCAGCUGGCCCCGAAAGUGCUGCAGACAUUGCGGGAGAUACUGGAGUUGCCGGAGGGGGAUUCCCUGGUCUUGAAACAUAUAGUGCAGAAUGCGGCCAGUUUGUAUCCGCUCGUGUUUAGGCACAUCAUAAACAACCCGGCCGAUGCGACGGCAUGGGAGAACAUGACGGCCAUCAAGGAGGAUAUUCUGCGUCGAUGGGACUCGUUCCCUUUCCCCGUCAAAAUUUGUUGCAUCAAAUUCGUACAGCGAGUCGUCCACGUGCAGACACAUGGCCCGAUCGCCGACCCUAGACGACCCGAGCAGAACGAGACCUCGUUGGCCAUUGUGCCGCGAAAUCACCCCCUCCUUUCGCUCCCGAAUCUGGAAGCAGAAGCGUCAGGUUUGUUAGAUCGACUCCUUUCCGUCUUCCAGGAAGAUUCAAGCGACCCCCUCCUCGUCAAUGCGACGUUGAACUGCCUCGCCGUGCUCAUUCGAACCCGACCAUCCGUCGGUAACAAAAUCAUCAACGCGAUUAUGAGUUUCUUCCCCGCGAGACAAGUGCGCCCUCCGAUAACCCCCUCUGUCCGGGUCGGGGUGAAGUCGAUGGAACGGACCGCCAGAGCGGUGUUGAUCAACAUAAUAAAGAGGAACUCGAACCACCCCUUGGUGGGGAAGAUGCAACAGUACAUCGAGCGAUUGAUGCAGUCACGUAUCGAAGUGGUCGACGAAGCCUCUCGGAAGCGUGGCCUGCCGUCCGAGCCAACCGACGGACUCGAUAACUCUAAACGGGCGAAGCUGGAUGCUGAGGCGCCAGCCCUGGUCAAGAUCCCCCCGCUUCCACCAGGCCCGACCAGCUAUGCCCAACUCUUCACGCUGACCGAAGAUACGGGGCUACGGAGCUUCGAUGUGAAGCAAUUACCCGUCGACUUGCUCGUCAAGAUCGUCGUGCCUCUUCUGGCCCGUGUCGACCAGUCGAUGAUGAACCAGUCGAUCGAGGGAAUUCGUAUGCGGUAUCAGACGAUCCAGAAGCAGCAGGCCGCGCAGCUUCCAGCAGCAACAGCGGAGGCGGAGGAUGACGAUGACUAUGAGCCUGAGUACCAGCCCAUGGACAUCCCGGAGCCAGAAGCCCAGCAGGCGGAAGCCGUGGCUGCUGAAGUCGCCGACCUCCAACCGGACUUGGUGUCUUUAGGGCCUUUUGUUCUACCUCAGCCACCGCCCCUGGCUGAAGACGAGGCGGCCGACAUUGGUCGCAGCGCUGUUGGGAGGGUGUUUGGCAUGUUGGCGUCUACCGGAGUCGCCCCGAACCCGGCGAAAGGAAAAGGUCAGCAGCAGCCGGGCUUUGCUCGCCUGGCCGGAAGCACCUUUGAUCGCGACGCCUGGGUGACCUUGCUCACUAGACUUGCCACCCGAGCUCCAGCUGGUCUGGAAGAGGCAGGGAAAGCCGACAAGGGAAAGCCCAAGAUAUCCGAUUCCAUUCGCGAAACGCUCUACCGGUACAUCCUGGAGGACUUCCGCGGCCGCGUGAAUGUUGGCAUCAUGUGGCUGAACGAGGAAUGGUACAACGACCGGAUCCAGAUGGAGUUCACUGCCCAGCAGCGGAGCGACGAGGACGAGGAGGCCACCGUUCCCUUGCACUAUGACCACUGGGUCCUGCGACUCCUCGAUGGAUUUCUGCCGUACCUCGAUUCCCGCGAUACGAAGAUCUUCAUCCGCUUCCUGAGCGAAAUCCCCGAGGUGACGAUCCCUAUCACUAAGCGCGUAGCCAGUCUGGCAAAGGAUCCCGAGCGCGUGAACCUUUGUGUCCAGUCCCUCCUGUACUUGGUAAUGUUCCGACCUCCCGCACGGGAAAUGUGCCUCAACGCCCUGGAGGAUGUCUACCAGACCUACGAGGAAUCCCGUCCCUUGGCCGGCAGAGUCCUCACCAGAUGGCGACCCCAGAAAUCCGACCAACCCCGACAACCUGAAUCUCAGCCGCAACCCCAAGACCAGCAGCCACCCCAUACUAUCGCGUCCGAAUCUAAUACCCCGGUUCCGAAUGGCACCGACGAAUCGGUCCCGACCCCGCCCCAGCCCGCUGAUGGCACCCCCGCCACUACUUAGGUAGUUUUGUAUCAUCUCGCACUUUCCAGAUACUAAGCAAAACUCAUGGAUGAUUCCCCAGUAGCCUGUCUCAUAGAUAGUCC